UAGCAACGCUUGACUGUCCUUAAAGUAAUUACAGAUUUUGAAAACCAAUGGCUAUUAAGGCUAAAGAGUGUUUUGUGUAUCUAUUACCUUGGCAAACUUUAGCAAGUUAGCAUUCUAUUUAGUAACCGCGGUGCUCCACCGUGCAACUCCUUUUGCAUAGAUUUAAUUAGGACAAAUAAUAAUCAAACGGCAUUCUUGCGAAUGCGCUCAUGCCUAGACGAAGUCUGUCAAUGUGAGUUUUUGUGUUUGAAGGAGGGGUUACAAAAACGUAAGCCACAUCCCAGUGCUUCUCUUUCUUACCUAAAUAGGGAUGAGUUUGCAGUGAGUUUACCUCCUUCGACUCCCUAUGGUGACAAGUGCCGGAAGAAACAAAUUCGAAGUAGAUAGAUCAUAUUGGAACAUCGCCAAUGCCCUGGCCAAUGCAGCAUGUGAACGAUGUAAGAGUGGCUUUGGUCCCACCGAGAAGAUUGUCAACAGCAAUGGGGAGUUGUACCACGAACAGUGUUUCGUGUGUGCCCAGUGUUUCCAGCAAUUUCCGGAGGGACUCUUCUAUGAGUUCGAAGGAAGAAAAUACUGUGAACACGACUUUCAGAUACUCUUUGCACCCUGCUGCCGCCAAUGUGGUGAGUUCAUCAUAGGCCGUGUUAUCAAGGCCAUGAAUAACAGUUGGCACCCUGACUGCUUCUGCUGUGACAUCUGCCAGGCUGUGCUGGCUGAUGUUGGCUUUGUCAAAAAUGCUGGCAGGCACCUGUGUCGCCCAUGCCAUAAUCGAGAGAAGGCUCGUGGCUUGGGCAAGUACAUCUGCCAGAAGUGCCAUGCCAUCAUUGAAGAGCAACCGCUGAUCUUUAAGAAUGAUCCUUACCACCCAGACCACUUCAACUGCAAUAAUUGUGGGAAAGAGUUGACAGCUGAAGCCAGAGAACUGAAAGGCGAACUUUUUUGUUUGCCUUGCCAUGACAAGAUGGGAGUGCCUAUCUGUGGUGCAUGCAGGAGACCCAUCGAAGGGCGUGUUGUCAAUGCCAUGGGCAAGCAGUGGCAUGUUGAGCAUUUUGUGUGUGCCAAGUGUGAGAAGCCAUUCCUUGGCCAUCGCCAUUAUGAGAGGAAGGGGUUGGCUUACUGUGAAACGCAUUAUAACCAGCUAUUCGGUGAUGUGUGUUACCACUGCAACCGUGUCAUUGAGGGUGAUGUGGUAUCUGCUCUCAACAAGGCCUGGUGUGUCAGCUGUUUCUCCUGCUCUACCUGCAACACAAAGCUCACCCUCAAAGUUAAGUUUGUUGAAAUUGACCUGAAGCCCGUGUGCAAGCACUGCUAUGAGUAUAUACCUGAGGAGCUGAAACCCCGCCUUGCCUACUGUGAGGGUGAUGCCAACAAGUGCAAGAAAAAGCCUGCUGCUUCUCAGAAGAGUUAUCCUUUAUAAGUUGCCUUCUCAUCUGUUGUUUGGUGCAGUUUCUGUCUUUUCUAUUCCUCUGUGGCAUGAUAUACAUGAAUUUUUUAGGUAUGCAUGUAUAUCUUUUCUUGUAUUGACAUUCACAUCAGUUUCCAUCAUUCCCUGCGAGCUACAAUACAGUGAACCUCUGCGAUUUGAGGAACAUUAAAAAUCAGUGAAUAAUUAACACCCUCACAAAUGAGGGUUAUAAUUGUGUCUAGAUGCCACAGCCAAAUGGAGAGCCCUAUAAACCCCCCCCCAUCCAUUAGCCAAGCCGCUUAUCCUCAUAAGGGUCACGGGAGAGCAGGAGCGUAUCCCAGGUUGCUUCAGGCAAAAGGCGGACUACACUGUGAACUGGUCGCCAAUCAGUCACAAGGCAGAUACCUUCACUGAGCAGGAAUCGUACCCAUGCUGCCUGCACCAAAUUCAGGCGUGUGUACCACUUCACCAUCGGUGACUCCUCAUAAAACCUUCACACCAUUCUUCUUGCUUGUAUCCAACCAUGAACCCAUGUAAAAGACAAGUAUUUAGUACUUGCCGCAUCUAAUACAUCACAUUCGUGCACUGAGGUCAUGUGGCUCGCCAAAAUGGCUGCGCCCAUGAAAAUUCGUAAUUGCCGAUAAUCUUCUCAAAACACCAUUAAAUGUGAGAGGAUAAACAUAACAUUUUCAAGAUACAGUACAUAUGAAAUAACCUAUUGGAUACAUUGUUAAUCCAAACAAUUGGAAUUCCCCUUUAAAAUUGUUGACGAUAUCACCGGCACCACCUUAGUUUCAUCAGUGGUAUUAGCUAGCUUAGUAGCCUAAAUGAAGUACUAGCACAAACUAAUUGACUUCACACAUGAGCAAACAAAUAAGCACGCACACUAAUAGGUUAAGUCGCUUAACUCACAUUUUUGCAUUUUCACAAAAUAAUGAAUGUUAGGAAUACAGGUAAAUUGUAAUGGCUAUGUAGACGACACAAGCUAUGUUACAAGGUACGUACAACAUUCAAAUCCACCCAUUUUCUGAGCUGCCUAUUCCCAUGAGGGUCACAGGAGUCCCGGAGCCAAUCCCAGCUGUCACCAAGCAGAAAUCCGGGUUACACCUUAAACUGGUUGCCAGCCAAUUGCAGGGCACAUGGAGACAGACUACAGUCACACUCACAAUCACACCUAGGGGCAAUUUAGAGUGUUCCAAUUAAUAUUGCAUGUUUUUGGGAUGUGAGAUUAAACUGGAGUGCCCAGAGAAAACCCACGCGGAGAACAUGCAAACUCCACACAGGUGGAGUUGUGAGGAUAAGUGGUUCAGAAAAUGGAUGGCUGUAUAUAUACAUUAUAUAGCUGUACAAAGCCAUAAAAAUGGGGAAAAAACAAAAGAAAGAAAAAAUGUAAUUAAACUACAUAAAAGAAAUAAAAUAAAAUGCUCUGCUCACAGAACACAUACGAUCACAUGAGAUAUGCUAACUUAAAAGCCAGGGUGAAAAGAUGGCUUUAAAGCAAGUAUUUAAGUUGAGGCAAAAAUGAGGCUUGUCUGAUAUGGAGUGGCAAAACAUUCAACACUUUUGGAGCGGGAACAGCAAACACUCUUACUGACCCAAUUCUUGUUUGAACAACAGUCGUAGCUUCGAAAUACGAGCUUAGUUCUGUUAUGAUUUUAAAGAGAGGUAUAUUUUCACCAAGUGGUUGAUUUUGAAUUUCUCAAGAAAAGUGCUUUAUUGUGGUUAUCUCCAAGUAUCAAGCCAAGAUGUCAUUCAUCUUUGCAAACUAAAAAUUUGGGGAUCCUCUAGUGUAAUCUCAAACUGCUGCGUGGGAGCAGAAAGCUGGAACUAUAGAUUCUGUAUAGCUACACAGCAAUGACAAUGACUGGAAAAAUGUUGGCUAUACCAGCAACUGCUAUACAGUAGAUGCAGUGCUUUGUCUGAUGAAGCAUUUUAGAACCACAGAUGGCGGGGUGGGUGCAAGGAGGAGGAGAGUCUGGUCAGGAAGAGCAGCUACUCCUUUCGUGUUUAACAACAGCAUUAUGCAAAUUGAGAGCCAACAGGAUCAAUAAAUAAAGAAUACAGUAGGCAGUUAAUGGUGAAAUAUGUAUGCUUUGUAAAGGAGGCAAGACUUUACC